AUGGCGCCUUCCAAGAAGUCCAUGGGCAAGCUCCUUGAUAUCCCGAGAGCGAAACAGGAUGCCAAAGUCCGAAAGAAUACCACGGCGAGAAAGAACACCUCUGCCAAAGAACAGAAAGUCCCUAAGAAGGGUGUCAAGAUCACCACUCGCCCAAAAAACCGGGCCCUCAUCCAGUGGAGGAGAACAGAGGAAGAACCCUUGCUUGUGACACUCCUUUGGGUGCAGUAUAUCUGUGCCAAAGAGCACGGCAAGAUGCCCUGGGAUGAUGUCAUUCCCCAGUGCUUCACCGGAGUUACACCAACGGCAUUCACCCAAUUCCUUGCCCGAGAGCGCAAGCGACUUCUCAAGAUGGGCUACUGUGUUCCGCCUCUCCCCAGCCAGGCCAAGAGCUUGGAGAGAGAUCAGAACAUCCGCGGCUAUACCAAUGCGCCGACCGCCGAGAAUGAGGAUGCUAUCAGACCCUUGGUGACCAACGCAGAAGGCGAGGUAGAAUCGGAUGAUGGCGAGGCUGAUGAUGCCAUGGUGAAUGAACACGAUGACGAGGGGUUCUUGAAUAUCAAUGAGGCUCCCAGAAAGAAUGGAGAGUCCUCUCAGGUUCCUUCUGUCCAGGGCCACCAUCAGUCUCCUUACCAGGCUCCUGCUCAGUCGGGUCACUAUGUCCACAACGACGAAGCGCAGUCGAAUCACCGGAUUCACAACAUCCCCAAUCCUCAGCAACAGGCUGGAGAAUUGCUGUUUCACCACGUUCAACAGUUCAGUCUGGCCCAACACGAUGCCCAGAAUGACGCCCAGCUCCAGCAGCAGCCAUUUCCCCUGACGCAGUAUUCGAGCCAGCAUAACCAAGUAGAACAAACCAAUCAGGAAUGGCAGGCUCAGCAUCUCAAUGAGGGCAACGGCCUGUAUAGGCAGGCGAUCGAAGCCUGGAAGCAUGACGAGCCCCCAAACGAAGCACGAAUAUUUGUCGAGGGUCUCCCUCCCAUGGCAUACUAUCUUUUCAAGGUGCCUGCGAGCGUCAGUGGUGGCGUCUCUUUGAUAUCCGGCUCCGAGAUCAUGUACCCGAUGCGAACCGAGAAUGGCUAUACGACAUAUGCCAUCCCGAUCCCGGUCAACCUGGGCAGCUAUCUCGACGGCCUCAAUGGUCAGGAAGCUGGUGCCGCAACCCCGUUUGGCAGCACUGCGACGACGAAUCUAUCCCCGGGCACUUCAUCACUCAAUGAGCCCGUUUUUCGGGCUUUGAGCGAUGGCUUCGGUGAUGUCGUCAAUGGUGGAUUCAACGGUGGCUUUCAAUGUGAACAUCACCUACAUGAAGAUGCCAAUCACCAUGCCAAUCACCAUGUCACAGCUACUGGCCCCACUCAUGUGGGCGAGGAUCAGGAACUCGACUUCAAGGAAUUCAACUCGAAUUUGUUCGACUUCACUCAGUUCCACUGA